AUGGCAAGGAAAACUACAGUUUUUCGUCGGAGUUUUGCCCGAAUACUAGCGAUUACCUUUCUCAUUCUGCAAGGUGCAAUUCUUGAUUAUUAUCUGAUCAAUGAAGAACGCUCCAUGUGGAGGUUUGCUUGGCUCACAACAGAUGCUAUCGUGUUUUUCACGUGGGUUUACACAAUGUGGAUGUCGCACAGAAAAUCACGGAGCGCUUUGGCGAAAGAUGGAAUGAAAAUUGCUUACUUCGCAUGGAUUGUCUAUGCAGCACAUUUAGUACCACAAGUGGCGACUUUAUUAAAGCUCAAAAUCGAGGCUUAUAAUGACGAGAAACAUGUUUUUGGACCUAACACACUGAAAAUGAACCUAUGCCUGACGCCAAUGUUGUUUUUAUUUCUUAUAUACGCGCAUCACGACGCAAAAUCGCAUUCGCGACGGAAGUAUUACUUAGAGAAGAUAACAGCAGCGGUUGCCUUGGAUUUGUUCGACAGUGUCGAAAUGCUUGAAUAUCUUUUUGACAAGGAAGAGAUCUCGCCUGAACUGGAAAAUGCCAUCUUGGCCUUUUCCUGCAUGAAUAUUUUUCUCCCAACGUUUGCUUUGUUUGAACUGAAGUAUAACAAGUUUCAUGACAACGGAGAAAUUUCGCCGAUCUCUUUCAAGUUUAUUUACAUUUGUAGUUUUAUGUUUUUCGUUAACGUCCCUUUUUUGGUUUUAAGGCUGAUUUUGUGGCAUGGAUAUCACUUGAAUGUCUCUGUGUUACUCGCGAAGAAUUCUCUGGCCAUUAUCAUGGGACUGAUAGAGAUAUUUGAGUUCUUUAGCGAUCAAAGACCGAGGAGAUGUCAAUCGUGCACGAAGACUUUUGUCAAAGAAUUCUACAAAAGGCAUCUAGAUACUUGUUCAUUUCCACCGGAUCAAAAUUCGAGAUUCAUAGUGUUUGAAGAAGAGAGAAACAGAAAAGAGAAGGAAAUUUCUAAACUCGAUACUAUCCGCGUUACUGAAGAACGAGAUAAUUUGCUUGAUUCUUCCAAGAGUAAUGAAAUUUCCUUGAAAACUACCUCAAAAGAGACUGAUGUUUAAUCAAAGAAAUAACCUUAUAUCGAACAGCUUAAGAAAAACUGAAAGAAACAAAGUGAUAAAAACAAAAAAAUUUAGACUGACACAAGAGGUGAUAUCAGUGUGAUAUGAAAAACAAACAGCAGGGUGUUUAAUCGGUUGGUUCCAGCUGCCAAAGUGACUAGCAAUUUGCACAGAUUACAAUUAGCACAAUUAGUUCCAUAUUGCGAGCCUUGUUGGAGCUAUGGAAAAUGAGAAAUAGGCAUCCAUAUCAGGAUGAUAUAAUUGCAUUUUGUUACAAGACAAAUUUCUAAUCAAACUCAUGAGACCGGGAUUUAUCAUUAGACCUACUGAAUUGUCUUGUCUGAUGAGGCAUAUAUAGCUUAUGCUGUUACUAAGGGAUCAAUCUUGAGUCCUUUACUGUUUUUAAUUUACGUCAACGACUUUCCCAAUAGGCCAUUUUACAGUUGUGGAUGGAAGCGAGGCUGAAGGUGACCUUGUUUUGAUACAAACCUUCCUGCUUUAUUAUGUACAUCAAGUCAUUCUUAUGCUUACUAGUAUUUUUCAAGAACAAUUUCCAUAACAAAGCAAAGCAGGUUUGUAACAAAACAAGGUCAUCCUCAGCCUCGCUUCCAACCAUAACUGUAAAAUGGCCUAUUGCCUGCAACCUUCUGCCCCGGGUUUAUAUGCAGAUAAUACCUGUGUAACAUGAUAAAAUAAUUGAACGGGGGAAGAGGAACGCAGACUUAUUUCCCGAACGCCGGCUGAUUAUCGAGGUUAAGAUUACAGUAAAAAUAUAUAUUUCUCUUUUUUGCUUUUCAGCUCUCUCUGUUUUUUGGCUUUAGUUUGUGGUCUCGGGGGUUCAUUUCAUUCAUCGUCUGUAGUGGUUCAUGGUUGUUAGUGUAUGUUUGUCGCUGUAGGGGAUUUAUGACAUGUUUGGAGAAAAUAAAACAGAUCUGAUGGAAACUAGUCAGUGUUUCUAAGUGUAGUCAAAGUUUUCUAAGCUUUUAUUUCGAUCUAAGUGUAGGUUUUGUCAGUAAUGCAUGGGUCCCGGGGGAUAUGCUCAGCAUUUUUACAGAGAGGCUCCUCCCCGCGAGGUUCAACCCCUUACCUUUCUAUGUACCAUAAUAGGGGUAGAGAGGGUACUGCUUUUGCAUAUACUUUCCACUGAAAAAUUGAACCGGAAAUUGAAGAAACCUGUCUGUAUAGGUUCAGAGACCCAGGGAGGAAAAAAACUUUUCCACAAACAAAAAGGAUUUUAGAAAUAAAGAAAAGCUAAACUCCGCAAAAAUUACCUCUACGGAUGAGAAUUUAUAGUUUUAUAUAACAAUUUUAAUUAAAAGUUUGACGAAGUUGUUUAUUACCGGAGAGAAAUCGACUCGAGAAAAUGAGUACGAAUCAGUGUUGAAUUGUGCGACCAAAGUUUUGUUGCUGACAAAAAUCUCACGAUUUCUCUUUAUUUUUGCGAACGUGACUACUUUUUGCCUAAAGAUUUCUUGUAAUCUAGAUAAUAUCAACAAGGUGAUAAGAAUUAGUGAACUGAAAUAAAUUUUGAUGACUUUCAAUUUUUGCUCUCCUUAAAUUAAUUAAUCUUCAAAGUGAAAAUUCAAUACAACUCUUCACUCAUUUAAUUAAGUAUUUCGCGUCUGUUUGCAAAGGCCAGCGUUGUAUUAAUUCUGAAGGAGGGCAAAAAUUAAGUAGAGUGAAAUGAUUCUAGCGGAAGCGAUAAGUGUUUACACUGGAAAAGAUUCCAGAGAUGGAUGUUGUUUCGUAAUUUUAGUCCUAUCGCUGCAGUGUCCCAACAAUUAUGUUAAUCACGCAUCGCUUCCGAUUAUAAAAUCCGGUUUUUGGGCCGUUACAUUGAAAUAGGAUAUCCAAAUCCACCUCACAAAAGCUUUUGCUUUUAUGUCAGUUUUAAUCUGAAAUCAGGGGUGCCUUUCAUAAUAAUUAUUCUUAUUUUUUUGUUGAUAUUUUAGCAUAAAAUAAAGGUUAAUGUUGGCAAGCAACAACUAUUGAGCCUGCAUCGCUACUGCGGUUUAUCCCAAACACGCGAUCUCCUUAUUUGGCAGCCUGCCUCUUUGUCUUAUUCUGCGCCAGUCCGUUCAAUCGCCACUUUCUUUGAAGGCUGCAAGUUGAGCAGCACCAAAGUUUUUUCCCCUCCCACCCUCCCCUUUUCUUUGUUUCUUGCCUUCCUUAACCUUCUUACAUUUGUUCACUGCAUUUGCACUCUCUCUUGUCUGUAGAUUCAGAGACGUUUAAUAAAAUCAUUAAGGGCGGGGAAUUGCUGCCUGCGGCACCCCUUCAGCCCUGUGCUGAAGCCCCGUCAGGGAGGGGGGGCUAUAGGAUUUGCUGGACUUGGUUAACUUGGCCCAAGGACAUUAUGCCGGCCAUGCGUUUUCACGCGUGAACUAUGCCCUCCCUUGCAGUACAGGCAUGAGGCACCCCCUCGGUAUGGCGCCAUGUACCGAGGCCCCUCAUUCGGUCAUCAUCCGGUCGGUGGGUUUUAUCCGAGCCUUGCGGGUAUAUUCCCUGCCCAACUUUGCCCACCAAAGAAUAUUGUGUUUUCUCUGUGUCUGCGCGCUGUAACAUUAAUUUGCAAAUUGAGAUCAAAGAGUGGAUGAAAUUAUUCUGUCCAAAAGAACAUUAUAGGUGGUUCACUUCAAGAGGCUCUCCCAUUUCACUAGCCUCCCCGCAGACGUCCUUUGGGGUUCGUUUGUCACGCAUUCAUUUCUCCAAAGGACGUCUGCGGGGAGGCUACCAUUUCACAGGUCCUUUUGCUCCAACUAUAGUUGGUGAGUGGCGUACUGUUGAAUGAACCAAGAUUUAGUCACUAAUAUUCCUUGUUCCUAGUGAAAAUUUAUCGACAUUUGUCGACCUUUUCCAUAGCACUUUGUCGUUCCAGUUUUUCGUCUUUUUUCUUCUUUUUUUGGGUCACCGACCGGUCUCCGACUAGUCAGUCUCGAAUUAGACAUAAUAGAAAGCACGUCACGUUUGAUAAUCUAAUCUAGUUAAGAAUCCUUUCGCUUCCUUUUAAUAAUUUCUUCUGUAAAAGCACUCGGGUAUUGGCCAAGGCCUUUAAGGAGGAAAAAACGCUUUUAACAUAACUCUUUUCUUUUAUGGGGUAGGUUUGUUGUCUGAUUAUGACUGACUUUAACUUCUCAGUUUUACAUUAACCUCCUGCAAGCUGCAUCUAUCUUGAGUUCUAUACUCUAACUGGAAGUGAAUUUCAGCUACUUGUUCAAAUUUAAAUCGAAGGUUGCAAAAAAUCAAACAGACUCCCAUAUCAAAACCAAAGUAUCAUAUUAUCAAUAUCUGGAAAAAAAGCUGUGACGGGGCCGACUUAAAAGUCGCUUGAUUUGUUGAAAAGUGCAUCCGACAAAGUAACAUGUAAAAACAUUAUUAUCUGAUGCAAAGCUUUUUAAUUACUAGAUGUCUUAAAACACCGUACGAAAGAAUCUGUAUGUUAAUGAUUAUUUGGUCGAUAAGAUUUUUAUUAUUUUCAAGUCUGAACAGGCUGGCAGUGCAAUAGCACUUUAAAAUUCUACUUUAUACCAAUUUUCUAAAAUUACUUAACAGUCUAUAGGACCUAUAGGGUUUCAACCGUGUAUGUCUUCCAAGAAAAAUUGCAAUAGGCCUUUCUCAAUACGCGCUGAAGGAAAUUAUUCACAAGCUUAGACAAAAUAUAUUUAUUAAAAAGAUAAAACACUUAAUUUAUACACCUGAUCACCUAUGGUUGCAACCGUUAGAAAACUGAUUAUUUAUAUAAGUAGGUGUUGUUUGACAGCAACAGAUCUUACAAAAGUGACGAAUCAUCCCGAGUUUUGGCUCAAAUACUAAAAAUGAUUGGCUCUCGAAGUUGAUUAAUAAUCAAUGACUAUCAAUAAUUAAUAAAAAAUAAAACAAUAAUGGCGUUAUGUUUUAUAAUAUUUUGUAACCCAAGCAGGUAUAACUUAGAUGGUUGUUGUUAACUCUGUUUUUCGUGGUUAUUGCCUGAAGAAUUUACACUUUCAUGACACCUAUUGACGGAAACUCACUAAAAUGAAACAAGCGCAAACUAACCGUUCAAACAGACUCACAAGAAGUCAAAUUCCAGUAUAGCAAUGAUAACUACAGAAACGAAAAUCUGAAAUUCACGCUUAAAAAAACAAAUUUGCAUGCAUAUUGCACCCAACUGGGAAAUCCGAAUUAUGGGAUUUUCAAGAAACGGAUUGACAUUUGGAUUUUUUGUAGAAGUCAUCUGGCAGAGGUAUUUUGUUGAUUAGAAAAUCCACCUUUGUGGAAGAUGAUUUUCAGAGACAUGGAUUUUCCGUAACGAAAUACCUCUGCCAGGCGACUUUCGAUUCAAGUCCAAAUAUGAUUGAAUCAUAUUGAAUUUUGCUAUCGAGAGUUUCCCUAAUGUCAUGCAUAGUAUCACGCCGGAGCGUUUCGUCCAUACAGCACUCUUCUCUUCCUUCUACAUAAAGCUUGUAACAAGAGCCAAGCUUGCAACAGAGCUGGCCACCUGUUGGGAAACCCACACCUUAGCAGCAGAAGAAUUCAAAAGCGAGUUAUAGGUGUUCAUUCGUUUUUCGGCGUGCUGAAGAUUGAUUGUAAUGAGAACUUUCUGAUAUUGCACAAUUUAAAUUUCGCAGCUGUUAUAUUAUUUAGGUACAUUGACUGACCUGACGUAAAAUCAUACCGCUGACAUCGUGUACCUUAUCUUGAGAUCUGUCGCUGACGCUAAUUUCCUAUAUAUAUUUAUUAUUCAAAUUUGAAGCAAAAAAACAAAAAACAACUCAGACAGAAUCUUUCUUCCUUUCCUUCUCUCUUUUUUUCUUUUUUUCUUAGCAAUAGGUCCGGCAAAGCAGGAUACAGUGUCAAUUAUAUCAUAUUAUAUCAUCUUUGGAGAAAAACUUUUAUUCCGAUACCAUUGUUUGGAAGCUCAUGGAGGAAAAAACCUUGAGAGAGUUCAUAUAUACCAUAAAACCGCUCGAAGGCGCUUAAUUUCUAGCACACUCGUGUUAUCAUGCUACCAGAUUGAUUUUGCCGGAUGCCAUCUAAUGUGAGCUAAUAUAAUAUUGACAUUUUUCGUUCAGCAAUAAAUUAUACGUGAGUGCAUCUUUGUCUCUUUGACACAAAGCGAUGUUCGUUUAGGUGCAUAUUCUAUAGCUGUGGAAAAGGUAAAAAUCAAACCUUGUACGUAUCAAUUAAAUGAGGCAAGCUUCCGUUUCAAUUUUAAAAGCAAAAACAUAACCGUUUAGGUGAAUUAUCCUAUCUCAUUUCAUUUCCUUUACUCAGUUUCGAAUCACCUUUAAUAAAUAAUGAUGUGGGCAGGAAUUUUUAAAUUUAUAAAGGACUUGAUGAUGCAAGUGAUCACACCAUCAAGUGACUGAACGCGUGGUUAUGGCAAGAAGCAGAAGGACCAAAUAUCGCCGGGUUUUCCCUCGCAUAUUGGCACUUAUAUUUCUCAUUGUACAAGGCGCCGUUUUAGACAUUCAUUUGAUCACCGAAAUGAAGACUCCAUGGCGGUUCGUAUGGAUUACAACAGAUGUAAUUGUGUUGUCCACCUGGAUGUACACGAUGUGGAUGUCGACGAAGAGAAAAUCACAUAGCGUUAAAACCGCGGUUACCGAGGAUGGAACAAAAUUUGCUUAUAUAGCGUGGAUUGUCUAUGCGUUGCAUUUAGUGCCUCAAGUUGCCACUUUAUUUAAAUUAGUAACCCCCGUCUACAACGAUAAAAAAGUAGUUUGUGGACCUAACGUGAUAAAAAUGAAUUUGUGCCUGACGCCAAUGUUGUUUUUAUUUCUCAUUUAUGCGCAUCAAGACGCAAGAUCGCAGUCACGACGAAAAUAUUAUUUGGAGAAGAUAACGUCGGCAGUGACCCUGGACUUGUUCGACAGCGUGGAAAUGCUGCAGUAUCUUUUUGAAAAAGAAAAGAUCACACCUGAGCUUGAAAAUGCUAUUUUGGCGUUCUCCUGCUUGAAUAUAUUUCUACCGACACUUGCCUUGUUUGAGCUCAAAUUGAACAAGUUUCAUGAAAACGGAGAGGUUCCUCUAAUCUCGUUUAGACUUAUAUACAUUUGCGGUUUCAUGUUUCUAGCCAAUGCACCUUUCUUGGUUUUGAGAUUGAUAUUGUGGCAUGGGUAUCAUCUGGACGUGUCUGUUCUACUGGCUAAAAAUGUUCUUGCUGUCAUUAUGGGGUUUGUUGAAAUCGUCGAGUUCUUCGGCCAGCAAAAGCCAAGGAAAUGUGAAGCUUGCUUGAGGACAUUUGCUAAGGAACAUUUUAAGACACACAACAGAAUGUGUUUACUUGAUCAGAGGUCGAGAGAGUUAUUUGAU